AUCUCAUACAAUAUGAAUCUGAUACUAUCAAUAAUUUAAUUGAAUCAAGAUGUUACAACUGGUGAAGGACAAAGCUAAGACCUGAGUCUACAGCUUUAACCAUACAAGCUUCCAAGUCCUGAUAGGCUUCUCCUUAGAAUAAGACCACCCCAGCAACCUGAUAUUGCAGAGUACCUUCAACUGCCCUUGCGAUCAGGUCCUUGAUGCUGAAUACCUCUGCCAAACAGAAGCCCCCACUACUCUUCUUGACUUCGGAUGAGAAAUAAUCAUCAAUCUCAUUUAUGAGGUUGAAAUAAUACAAAAGCCGGAUUUUAAUGAUACCUCAAGGAGAUUGGACCUCAUGCAAACCUGGCUACCUGACCCAUGGAAAAAGCCAGGUUUACCUUUUAUCUAACAAUUUGGAAGCAGGAGGAAGGCAGGCGAAUCUGGAAAGGAUUCUGAGCUGGUUUGCAGGAUCCUUGAAUGGAUAGUGGGUGUGUUCACGCCCUCAAUCCCUCUGCCUGCACAAGAGAUAUAUAAUGUCUGAAAUUCAGUCUCCUUUAUCAUCAAGUGCAAAUCUUUCUACUCUUCACCUACCCAAAGACCAAAUUUGGAAAAUAUAACCCAAAGGGAGGCCCACAUCUCACACACAGCAGAGACAGCGGAAUGGUGUUGGAAUAUUUAAGGCUAAACUUGCAUGUUCACAGAGCAGCGAGCUGCCUUAACACGAGAAAUUCCUUGCCCAGGAGAGCAUUCCAUCACCUCAUCCUCCUGCGAAAUAUGAAACAACAUAACCAGAAGGAAGCAUAAUUCAACAUCCUGCUUGCCAGCAGUCAACUUUGAGGUUGGCCAGAUGCAGUGGGGCAUGGAAUGAACAAAGAGAGGUUAAAUUGAUGGAUGACCAACAAGAUAAGGAUUGUGCCUCAGAAGACCAAGAAACUAUCCUGAUUAAUGGGGUGAAGGAAAAUGCAUCACAUGACCCAGACAGUGAUGAGAAGCCUUGCACUGCUGCAGAUGCUGCGGUUACAUUUUCAGCCUUGACAAUAGCUCAGAAGGAAAAUCAAGCGUGCCACCGAGUGCUGCCUCCUUUGACUUUAAAGAAGCCCUGUUUGUUGAGCCCUCCUUCUCCUCUGAGACUCACUGAUGUACCUGAGCACGCUUCAGAUGACUCCUCCGCGCACGCCAUUUCUCUUACAUCUUGUGUUACAAAGGGCAUGAGCUCCUGGUCUCUGCCAGGCGAUUGUGAGAAGGCUCCAUUCACAAUUAUGGAGCCUGGAGGCAUGUCAGCUCUGACUGGUGACUGCUUGAUGCAGCCGAGCCGGACCUGUCUGGGCUGCUUUAUUGAAUCAAAGGACGGCAUUGAUGCAGAGCCGGGAAUAAGCUUGAAAGUGGGUGAUAUAAAUAGGGAUUAUGACACCUGUUCAGUCUCUGAUAUAGGGAUUCACUGCAUGAGCACAGGAGAAACCAUGAGAUACGGAGAUCAACUGCUUUCAGACCAGCUUUUAAGCUUCCCUAUGCAUAAAUCGAGGGCAGCAGACAAAAGAGAUGCGGAAAAAUCUGACAGUGAUUCAGAGGACCCCACUCAGAAAAAUUAUUACGAGGGAUUACUAUUGGACAAAUGCAACGGCGAGGAACCUUUACUAACAAAUCCCAACCAGGAAUGGGGCUAUUUUGAAUCUUUCAUUAGUGAAAGUAAAAUUGAGCUGCUUGACCUUUGCUCCAAAAAUGAGCUUUCUGUAAAUCUGUUUUCUGAGGAAGAUGUGGAUAAUUACAUGUUUGAUGAUGAUGAUUCAACCUUGGGAAGUGAUGUCUGCUCCUUAAAGAUUAGAUAUGAAUCUUUCCAGGACAAUGUGAGGGAGAAAACCAACGCCCUGCAAGAGGAUGCCCAGUUCAAUUUCUUCCCCAGUGUGUUUGGCAACUGCACUAAAAGGGACAGCAGGAGUGCCCUGAAGAGAGGGGCUGGCUGUGGCACUGACCCUUCCCAGUUCAAAACUGAAGAGGGCAUCAUCUGGGGAGAAGAAGACGAGGAUGGGGAGGAGGAAGAUGGGGAAGAGGAGGAGAAAGCUGCCUUAAAUAAAUCUUGCAACAGUACAGAGGUGGUGCAGUACAUAGGCCCCAAAAGAAGCCACUUCUUGGACUCUGUGAAUUCCACAGAGGACUCUGGGGAGUUCAGUGAUGACAGCACCUGCACAGAGUCCUCGUACGAUGUGCUGCGGGAUAUAAAGGACUGUAGCAGGUACCUGUCCAGGGAACAUUCCACGUCCUUCAUUCAGCAGAACUAUGGGCUGCGGGCAAAAAGGAAAGUGCGCUACAGCGAUGACUACCUGUAUGACGUGGAUUCCAUCGAGAACGAGAAAAAUCUGGACAAGAAAGAGUGGGCUCCUGGUGGGCCCAAAGAAGAGGAUGAUGAUGAGUGGUGCCCAAAGAAAAGGCGGAAAGUUUCUCGCAAGGAGCCGCCAGUGAUCAUAAAGUACAUCAUCAUUAACAGGUUUAAAGGGGAGAAGCAUAUGCUGGUGAAGCUCAGUAAAGUCGAUGCCAAUGAGACAACAGUUACCCUAAAUGAGGAACUGCUCAGUAAAUAUGAAAAACUGGCCCCUUUGAAAGGCUUCUGGCAAGAGAGGCAGCAAAGCCGGCUGGAUUUUCUUAGAUCAUCUCUCUAUCACAAACAGAAUUUCUAUUUAAAUGGCUCAGAUGCUUCAUUCCUUCCUCACCCAAGAAAGCGAAAAUGCAAACUAGCAAACCGGCAUAGGAUUCAAAGAAUUAAAGCCAUUGAGCAAUCAGUGAACAAGCUGGGCUCUUGCUCCUCUGAUCAGAAGCAGCCUUGCAGCAGUAAAGAGGAUGCAGGCCUGAAAGGGAUGCAAGCAUUAGCCAUAGCUACCCCCGGCUGUGCAAACGGAUUACAUUUGAAUGACAUCACAGGCAUUGCCUCAGUGAAGUGCAAAUCGCAGGAAAGGGAAUAUAAGGGGACAGAGAGGAAAGUGCUACGCAGAAUCAAAUUCAAAAGUGAAGCCAGGUUGAAAUGCAAGAAAAUCAAAGCAGCCGCCAGUACAGCGGAGGUCUCCCCCGCUUUGGAGAAUCAGGACUCUGCAGCUAGUUUGAAGGAUGAGACUAUUCCUUGUGCUUCAGAUGGCUCCCAUCUUUCUGAGUGCCAUGAAGAUAAGGCUAAUAAAAAUUCGACAUUUCUAACAUCCACCUGUUCUGCAGACAAGCCUCUGCCAUCUGCAAAUAUCACCACCAAUGUACCCCUGAUCCCCGGAGGGUAUCUACAGACUUUGCUAGAUGCUUCGGAUUUGUCGAGUAACACUGGUAUCUCAUACUUCACCCAGCAUCCCUCGGAGCAGUCGCAUUCGCUCCCCAGCAUCAUUCAGGCAGAAAAGCAGUUCUCUGCUCUGCAGCCUGCCCAGAGCUGCGUGCUGUCCCCGCCUUCAGAAUCUGAGCUGCAACAGUCUCCCGGCCACUUAGAAAUCGAGCAGGGCAACUUCAGCACCAUGUGGCCGGCAAACAAGACCACCGGGGGCAACCAUCAGGAAUUUGCAAGUGACAUGAGGGAGGCGUCUGUGCUGUCAAAUGAGUUUGGUGGCUCCGCAGGUGCAGACAACCUCCCAGCCUCUGGAUAUAGUCAAGUAAAUCUGAAUAGCAGCAAAUUGCUAUACCAAAAAAAUUAUAUGCCAGAUAACCAACAAGUGCAGUCUGAUGAUUCUUAUCAGUCAUGUCAUUUUAAUAAUGGAGAGGGGCGCUUUCAUUUCCAGCGAGGUACACUAAGUACAGAUGAUGGCAGACUCAUUAGUUUUGAUUCAGUGGGCUCAUUGUCAGUUAGUUCUAGCAAUUACAGUUCUUUAAGUUUAAAAUCUUGUGAAAAGGAUGGCGAAGAUGAUAUUAAUGAUGAUUUCUUGGCCCACUGCAGUCCCAAGCUAGUGAUCCAGCAAAGCAUAGAUGAAAUAACCCCUUUGAAAGAGUCCACAGACCUUUUAGACAUCUCCAACUUCACACCCGAUAAGUUCCGUCAGUCAUCACUUUCGGAGAUGUCUCCUCCAGACACUCCCAACCUUUCCCCUCAGAUAACUGGGUCAGACAGCAAACCACUAAGCAAUCUGAAAGGUUUCCAGGAGAGCACCCAGACAGCACUAAGCAAUUCUGAUAAGGUCAAGUGGAACUGUGGGGUCCUUCAGACCCAAGAUCAGGCAGAUAAUGGGUUUUCUUUAAAUAAUCAUCAAUUUCAGUUCCAUAUGUUCAACGACGAAGAUUCUGUCAGCCUCCUUGAAAAAAGUCCAUGCUUGUCAACAUUUAAUGAGCCAUCUGGUCAAAUUAGCACCAAUAGCAAAGUGUCAAAAUCUAAGAGGAAAAGUUCAUCCAGCAAGAAUAUGGGUACAAACCAAAGCUCUUCCCAGAAAAACACUAGGAAAAAAUCUCCCAAAGCCAACAAAGGAACUGAUAAACCGCAAGGUAAAAACUCCAGGCAGGCUCCCAAAUCAACAAGAAAAGGGAAAAAUGCAGCAGGAGUCAAUGGUGAAAAAGCUCAAGCAGUUGGCAGCAGGGCAGUCAAUCAGUUAAAUAAUACAGCCUCAACAACAAAGGCACUUGCUGACUGCAUUCAGCACUGCAGCCCAACCUCUGUAAAGAUAGGGAAGCAUAAUGGACUAUCUGGUGAAUGGUCACUGGGAAAAGACAAUAGUACAGGCUGGUCUGAAACUAGUAUAGGAAACACUAACAACCUCCUUGAUGAUGAUCAAAGGGAAUUUGAGGAACCUUCCAAUAUUUUGUCUAAUAUUGCAUCUGGAAUGGCAGAUGUUCAGAGAUUUAUGAUGGCCUCAAUUGAACCGUUGUGGGGGCCUGUGGGUCAUAACAGUGUCCCAGAUAUAUUCCGGUCGCCUGAAUCUAACAGCCUGAAAUUGAAAACUCUUAAAAUUUUGGCAGGGACAUCACAGGAGUCCAAGAAAAAGGUGAAUGGUAAUUCUCCGGGAACUGCAAAGAAUCACAAGUCAAGCAACAAGGGCUCAAGCAAAAAUAAUGGCAAAGCCACAACCUGUGAUCCCAAUCGCCCCAAUUGUUCAACUGGGUAUAAUACAGACAUUCACACUCCCUUUUUUGAUAAAAGCUAUAGUAACCUGAGCACUUUAGGCAAUAAUGGACCUACCCAUAAAAAGCUGUACCGUCAUAAAUCAAGUUCUAAAUCACUGAGGGAUGAGAACUGUAAAGUAAAGCGAACAGACCGUGAACAGACCCAUAAGGACCCAUCUGUGACAGCUUCUUUUGAAAAACUGAGGGAAUCAGACUUCAUUCUUCUUAAGGCAGAAACAACAUUUUUGGUUUUUCCUGUGUUUGAAGAAGAGACUCCUUUUUCUAGAAAGACGUUUGAUGUUUGUUUUUUUUGUUUUUUGUUUGUUUCUUUCAAAAUAUGCCUUGUGGUAUGUUGAAAUGUAAGUGCUGAAAUGAAGAGUUUGAAAUUGUGGGAAUUUAUUAUUUGAAAGCAAACCUAAUCUGGUAUUCUCUGUGAAAGACUGUUUUAAAAGUCAUACUGUUGUACAGUAGUUUAUGCACUAUUGCCCACAACAACAAAAAAUUGUGCCAAACUAUGAACAAGUGACUGUAUUGUACAUAUUUUUACUUCUCUAUCAACAUUGGGUUGUGAGUGUUUUCUGCAGCUAUGCCUUUUGGUUUUACUAUAAACAUUCCAGUGAUUAUGUAUUAACCACCCCUAUGAAAGCACCUGUAACUCACAAUGAAAUGAUGUUCACUUAUACAACUACCAAAAGUUUUAUGGACAUGACUAAAAGUGUGCCAAAUUUACUUACCUCAUUUCAUGGAUUCACCCUGCGGUUUAAAGCUCACAAAGGAAAAAAAAAAGGAACUUUAAAACUGAUGCUGGGAAAAUGUAAUCUCCUCUCUUUAGAAACAUAAGCAGAAAAAACCCCCAUAAUGAUGAAAUUUUGAGUUUCAUUAUAGGUGAGAGUUGAAAUGUUGGAGGAAUUCAGAAAAUCACUCAAGGUAAGUUUGACAGGAACUCAAACUGCAUUUACAGACUGCAAAACAGCUGCUUUUCAAGUGUCUGUUUUCUUAAAGCAAAAUCUGUAGCUGAAGAUCAUUUGAAGUGCAAAGUUGUAUUGCUGAUACUUUGUAUCUCAGUUUUAUAUAUUUUAUAAUAACCUGGGAUAAAUUCUAAAAUAGUUAUAAAAUCAAAACUAAUACAUUUCAUAUAUUUCUUGCUGUUUAUUUUUAUUUACGUAAUU